AUGCCCCGCGAUACAAGCGUCACGCAAGCAUGCCCUGACCAUACAGCGUCGCUCCCUCUUGCCCGUGGUAGCGACCGCCGUCGUCGUUCCCCCCAGCUACUGCUGCAGCAGCUGCCCAACUCUUCUCGCGUCACCCCAACCAUUGGACAUCAGCAGCAGCAGUUGCAGACCACCACGGGUCUGCAAACCUCGACUAAUGGACUGCAGGAGCAGCAGCAGCAGCCCGCCACGGAUCUGCAUGCCUCACCGUAUGGGCAGCAGCAGCAGCAGCAGACCGCCACGGAUCUGCAUGCCUCACCGUAUGGGCAGCAGCAGCAGCAGCUGCCCGCGGAUGUGCCAUCUUCGCCGCAUGUGCAGCAGCAGCAACAACAGCAGGCACCGAUGCAACCCGAGGGUCUGCAUAUCCCUUCUACUGGGCAUGGGGAUGAUGGCGCCCCGACUGACUACAUGCAGCCCCUAGACCCUGAAGCUUUUCCGGAGAUGGAACCUCAGGUACCUGAGCCUGGUUACGAGGGGCUAGAUGAGUAUAGUGAUGCCGAUGAGGAAGCGGGACAAGGAGUGGACCUUAUCUCCCGGGAAGAGUUCGAUGCUGCUCAGGCUGAGGCACCGGCUGGAAGUGGUGCUGCAGCGGCUGGUAGUGGUGCUGCAGCGGCUGGUCCGAGCGCGCCUACUCCUAAUGGCGUGGCAGGAAACACGCUCCAGGCGUCGUUCCCGACAACUCUACUCGUGGAACCGAAUCGGGUGGCUAUCAUAAAUGCGGGGGCCGCGACUCGAGCUGUGGAGAUCCUUUACUUCGAAACUUCGGAUGUGGACCUGGAGUAUUGGACGCCGCGUGACACCAACAUCACCGCCCUUUGCACGGCUCUAAACAUCACAGAUCCUGAGGGAGUGGCUAACCUGCGCCUCGUCAUGGAGAACGAAACUGCUCGGCCUAGGCACCUUCGAAAGAAGCUUCAGGAUGCGAGGAACAAGACCCUCACCACGGGCCGUGUCUUGCUGUACGAAAGAUUCGACAUUCGCAUCAAACGUCCGGACCACAACCGGGCCGAGAGCGGAACGCUGUCGCCUGCGGUGUUCUGUGCCUCCUACCCUGCUAGUAAGAUGAUGGCUACACCAUUCCCCAACAGACCGCUCAAACCCUGGCGAGCAGAUGGCAGUUAG